AUGAAGGACUACACGGGCACAAGAGUCUACCAACACACCGGCAAUUUGGAAGUUGGCAAUCAUUCUAAAGCGGCUAUUGUCGUACUAGAUAAUAAUAUCCAGGUCACACAAUACCCCGAGUUAUCCAGUCCGAAUAUGGUUGCCAUAUCUGUAGAUACAGAAAGAAGAAAACUCAACCUAGUCUCGAUAUACUUCGAACCGCAUCCGAACCCCCUACCCGCACCUCCAGACACUGAAACAAGUCGUCGAGAAAUUAGGACGGAGAAUAAUAGUGGGAGGGGACGUAAACGCCAAAAACGUCUGACGAUUGAGAAAUGGUUAUUGGUCCUAGGACCCUCGUUAAAAAUCAAGAAAAAACGGGCGGCCAAACAGCCGCUGAAUCCGGAACAAUCGGUCAGUGACCAGGGAAGAAACCAACCCCAAAGGCAUAGUGAGCAGGGACUGGUCCAACCCCUGGUCGCCCGCUUCUCCAUCUCUCCACCCAAGCAAGGCGGGAAAGAACCCCCAAUUAAAACAUCGGAAAAAAGCAUUGAUAAAAAGGACUACAGGAUUGCGGAGAAAUAUCGUCGCAGGGCCAGAAACCCGCACGAAUCUCACGUCCUACAGGUGUCGCCAAGUCUCUGGCAGGCAUUAACACAGGCAGGCAAACCCCAUAUUGACCUGCAAAGGGUGCUGGUAGAUGAUCAGUCUCUCUUCAUGCAAUGCAUACACUGCCUCGGAUACGGCCAUGGCCGAAAAUGCACUGUCAGGUAG